AUGAAACCAGUGUAUUAUUUAUUUAUUUAUUCUUGAGUGAUAAAUGGUAGUGUAUCGGGGACCACUGUUGUUGUUGUUUUUGACAGUGGUGGUGGUGGUGGUGGUGGUUGUGGUGCUGAUGUUGAUGCGAAUGCUAAUGCUGAAGCUGAUGCUAAUGCUGAUGCUGAUGCUGAUGCUGCUG